GCGGCGGCGGCGGCGAGCGCCCGGCCCGGCGCCUUCUGCCCCGGGCUCCCCGGGAACCUCCGCCGCGCGUCUAUGCGCCUCCACUGCGGGCGCCGCGGGCCCGGGCCAUGGCGAUAGACCGGCGGCGCGACGCGGCGGGCGGCGGGCCCGGGCGGCAGCUGCCCCCGACCGAGGAGAAUGGCUCCCUGCCGCCCGGGGACGCAGCGGCCUCGGCGCCCCUCGGGGGGCGCGCGGGCUCCGGCGGAGGCAGCGGUGAGAUCCAGCCACUGCCCGCGCUGCCUCCCGGCGGCGGCGGCGGCCCACACCCGGGCUGCUGCUCGGCGGCGGCGGCCCCGAGCCUGCUGCUGCUGGACUACGACGGGUCGGUGCUGCCCUUCCUCGGGGGCCUAGGCGGCGGCUACCAGAGGACCCUCGUGCUGCUCACUUGGAUCCCCGCGCUGUUCAUCGGCUUCACCCAGUUCUCGGACUCCUUCCUCUUGGACCAGCCUAACUUCUGGUGCCGCGGGGCCGGCAAAGGCUCGGAGCUGGCGGGGACCACGCUCGGCGGCCCCUGGGGCGAGCCGGGCAACUGGACCAGCCCCGCGCCCACCCCUUUCUCUGCUACGACCUGGGGGGCUACGCGCAACGCAAGCGGUCACGGCGGCGGCGCGGAGGAGGGCGACACGCCGCCCCUGCCAUCUCCCCCGGACAAGGGGGACAACGCCUCCAACUGCGACUGUCGCGCGUGGGACUAUGGUAUCCGCACGGGCCUCGUCCAGAACGUAGUCAGCAAGUGGGAUCUUGUGUGUGAUAAUGCCUGGAAGGUCCAUAUCGCUAAGUUCUCCUUACUGGUUGGAUUAAUCUUUGGCUACCUAAUAACUGGAUGCAUUGCUGACUGGGUUGGCCGGCGGCCUGUACUACUGUUUUCCAUCAUCUUCAUUCUGAUUUUUGGACUGACGGUGGCCCUGUCGGUGAAUGUGACAAUGUUCAGCACACUCAGGUUCUUCGAAGGAUUUUGCCUGGCUGGAAUAAUUCUCACCUUGUAUGCAUUACGAAUAGAGCUGUGCCCGCCGGGAAAGCGGUUCAUGAUCACCAUGGUGGCGAGCUUCGUGACCAUGGCGGGCCAGUUCCUCAUGCCCGGCCUGGCCGCCCUGUGCCGGGACUGGCAGGUGCUGCAAGCCCUCAUCACCUGCCCCUUCCUGCUCAUGCUGCUCUACUGGUCGAUAUUCCCCGAGUCUCUCCGCUGGCUCAUGGCAACCCAGCAGUAUGAGGCUGCAAAGAGGCUGAUCCUGCACUUCACAAAGAAGAACUCCAUGAGCCCAGAGAGCGACAUCAAGGGCGUGAUGCCGGAGCUGGAGAAGGAGCUGUCCCGGAGGCCCAAGAAGGUGUGCAUCGUGAAGGUGGUGGGCACCCGGAACCUGUGGAAGAACAUCGUGGUCCUGUGUGUGAACUCGCUCACGGGCUUUGGCAUCCACCACUGCUUUGCCAGGAGCAUGAUGGGCCACGAGGUGAAGGUGCCGCUGCUGGAGAACUUCUACGCCGACUACUACACCAUGGCCAGCAUUGCGCUGGCAUCCUGCCUGGCCAUGUGCCUGGUGGUCAGGUUCCUGGGGCGCCGGGGAGGGCUGCUACUCUUCAUGAUCCUCACGGCCCUGGCCUCACUCCUACAGCUCGGGCUCCUCAACCUGAUUGGAAAGUACAGCCAGCACCCGGACUCAGGAAUGAGCGACAGUGUCAAGGACAAGUUCUCCAUUGCAUUCUCCAUCGUGGGCAUGUUUGCCUCACACGCCGUGGGGAGCCUCAGCGUGUUCUUCUGUGCCGAGAUCACCCCCACCGUGAUCAGGUGUGGCGGGCUGGGGCUGGUGCUGGCCAGCGCCGGCUUCGGCAUGCUGACGGCACCCAUCAUUGAGCUGCACAACCAGAAGGGCUACUUCCUGCACCACAUCAUCUUCGCCUGCUGCACGCUCAUCUGCAUCAUCUGCAUCCUGCUGCUGCCCGAGAGCAGGGACCAGAACCUGCCCGAGACCAUCUCCAACGGCGAGCACUACAUGCGCCAGCCGCUGCUGCCGCACAGGAAGGGCGAGCAGCCGCUCCUGCUCACCAACGCCGAGCUCAAGGACUACUCAGGCCUUCACGACGCAGCCGCCGUGGGCGACGGGCUGCCCGAGGGCACCACGGCGAAUGGCAUGAAGUCCAUGUAGCCGGUGUACCAGUGUCCCCUGCCGGGGAAGCUGAGGCCCCGGGGUGUCGCUGACCAGGGCUGGGGCCGGGAGAGCUGUCCGCUCAGUCCCAAGAAGAACUAGAUAACCCUUCAAAAGCUUGAUUUUUCUGCCAUUAAAUGUUUGUUAUUUA